AUGACUGAGCUUGAACAAAAAUUUGAAUUAGGAACUUCAAAUCCUGCAACUCAGGAACCAAAACAAAAAGAAGAUGCGGGAGCAACAGAAAAUGGAAAUGGAAGUGGAGAUGAGAGAUAUUACCCGGAAGAAGAAUUAACUGAAGGUAACUGGAAUACUCCUCAAGUAGAAUUGAAGCAAGUAGAGGUGAUGACAGGAGAGGAGGAUGAGGAAGAGUUCUGGAAACACCGAGCAAAAUUAUAUCGCUUUGUAAAUGGAGAAUGGAAAGAAAGGGGUGUUGGAAAUGCAAAGUUGUUACAACAUAAGGAAACUAAAAAGAUCAGAUUUCUUUUAAGACAAGAAAAGACUUUAAAAAUUGUUGCAAACCACUAUGUAAUUCAAAAGGACAGUUUCUGUAAGCUUACUCCAAAUAGUGGAAGUAAUAAGAUCUGGGUUUGGACUGUACAAGACUUCUCAGAAGAGCAAAAGCUUGAGCAGUUUGCACUCAAAUUUGGUCAAGCAGAACAGGCUGACAUAUUUAAAACCAAGUUUGAAGAAGCUGUUGAAAUUAAUGGCAAGCUUUUCAAUUCUGGUGAAGAAGAAGGUACUGAGACAGAAAAGCAAGUAGAGAAGAAUGAAGACGAAAGUAGGAAUGAAGAAAAGAAACAAGAUUAA